GUUGAGGCACAUGGUUCCACUGCGGGGUCUUUUUUUCUUUCUACCCUUAUACUGCAGCAAAAAUCGUUAAUAACCGCUGACAUUCAUAUUUCCGAGCUGAGGUGAAUUUCUGUGUCAGAAACAUGGGGAAAGAAAAGACGAAAAACCAAAAGAAGGCCCGUCAAAAUGCCAUUCAUUUGGCACAAGAGACAUACACGACAGUACCACACACAUUCGUGUUUCAACGUGGUCAAGUCGGAAAGAACGUCGGUCAGCUUCUACUGGAUAUGCGUCGUGUUAUGGAGCCCUAUACAGCUGAGUCCUUAAAAGUACGGAAGAAAAACGUUUUAAAGGACUUUGUGACGGUUGCCGGGCCACUGGGAGUCACGCACUUUCUCAUAUUUACCAAAACAACCAACAGUAUAAAUUUGAGGCUAGCCCGAUUGCCCAGGGGGCCAACGCUCCACUUCAACGUGACAAAAUACUCACUCAUCAAAGAUGUUGUUUCAUCUUUGAAAAGACACAGAAUGCACUCGCAGCAGUUCACACACCACCCUCUCCUCGUGCUGAAUAAUUUCGGCAUGGAAGGCAUGCAGAUCAAACUCAUGGCCACCAUGUUCCAGAACAUGUUUCCCUCCAUCAACGUACACAAGGUAAACCUCAAUGCCAUAAAAAGAUGCGUGCUUUUCAACUACGAUCCAGUGUCACAAGAAGUGGAGUUCCGUCAUUAUAGUCUGAAGGUAGUGCCGGUCGGGAUGAGUCGGGGGGUGAAGAAGCUCAUGCAGGAAAAGUUCCCCAACAUGAGCAGACUGGAAGACAUCAGCGAGCUUCUCAUGAAGGGCGGUAACCUGUCAGAGAGUGAGGCAGACCUGGAUGGAGAACACAACAUCACCGAACUGCCUCAGGUGUACUCGGGGCGUGGCAACAUGACAUCACAGCAGAGUGCUGUCCGUCUCACUGAGAUUGGCCCCAGGAUGACUCUGCAGCUGGUUAAGAUUGUGGAGGGGAUGGGAGAAGGAAAUGUGCUAUAUCAUUCUCUCAUCUCAAAGACGGAGGAGGAACUACAGGAGAUCCUUAAAAGGAAGGAGGCGAGGUUAAAGGAGAAAGAGGAGAGGAGGAAGAAGCAGGAACAAAACAUUGCCCUAAAGAAGGAAAAGCGGGAAGAAAACAAGAAAAAGAGUCUGGAGGGCAUCAAAAAGAAACGGCAGCAGGAAGGUGCCGGAAGCGACGACAGCGAAGUGGAGGAUCCUGGGAUGCAGGAGGACCAGGCCGCGGCCGAGGAAUCUGAAGAUGAGGCAGAAUACUACAGACAGGCUGUCGGGGAAGAGCCAGAUGAAGAUAUGUUCCCCACAGCAAAGAGGAAGCGCGGUCCAACCAAAUCUCCCACACCUUUUAAGAAGAGAAAGAUGUCUGGGGGAAAAGAGCCUGAUAAGAACAGUGGCUUUAAAGAAAGAAUAAAAAAUCAGGGUUCAAAAUCACCAGGUAAAAAAGGAUCAGUAGCGAGAAGCGUUGGUGGUAAGAAGUUUGGAGGGAGGAAAACGGGAGGCGGAAGGUUUGGGGAGGAGAAGAUCGGAGAUGGGAGGAAGAGGUUCGGGAAAGGCGACGGCGGAAAGAAGUUUGGAGGGAGGAAAAGCAACGAUGGCAAAAAAUUUGGAAAUAAAAUGGGACAUGGCUCCAAAUUUAGACAGGGAGCGAAACCUCACUCAACGUCUAAGAAAGGACAGAAAGGGGGAGGGAACAAAAACUUCAGACAGAAGAAGGGGCGGAGCUGAUGCUUGGUUGACGGCGACAAUCAGGAUCUUUAGAGAAUGAUGGUGGCGGUGGCAGUGUGCUGUUGGUGGCACUGUUGCUUUAUAAGUUUAUUAAAUGAAGACCAUGGACUUCUCUACAGGGAGCAGGGGGACUUGAUGGAAUCUCAUUGUUUUCAUGUGCUUUGUAAAAAAAAGAAAUU